AUGCUUUUACCUCAUACUCUCUAUGUCAUUACCGGUGCCAGUCGUGGAUUCGGGCAAGCAAUAGCGAAUGCCAUUGCCUCCAAAGCUAACCACAAAUCGACGUUGAUCCUUGUUGGUCGACAGCGUGAUCCGCUUGAGAACGUGGCCAAUCAACUACAAGGGAAUGCAAGUGUCACCGCGCGCGUCAUUUCAGACGUGUCGCUCGACUCUGCAGUGGCAGCUCAAAGGACGAUUCUCAAACCACUUGAAACCAUGGUUACAGAACUACAGCAACCAGUGACACGGGCCGUGCUGGUCAAUAAUGCGGGUUCGACAGGCGAUCUAAGCAAAAAGGUUUCAGGCUAUGAAGCUCAGGAAGUACAAGCCUACGUGGACAUGAAUAUCGCCUCUUACAUUACACUCGUAUCAGGGUUUAUUCGGCUAUUCCAUCCAGAAGAGGAGGAUGACAACAGUGCUGCUGCUGCUGUUACUGCUGCUACCCGGCCGAUUGCCCCGGAAUUGACGAUUGUCAACAUUUCGUCUCUCCUAGCAGUCCAGCCUUUUGCCAAUUGGGGGCUUUAUGCUAGCGGCAAAGCUGCCAGGGACAUGCUAUUACGGAUCGUGGCUAAAGAAGAGGUAUGCUUUGAGUCAAACUUACAACCUGAUCCCGAUACAAUAAAUUAUAAAAAAAUGUUACAUAUUUCAAUGCAGGAAUCUGUGCGCACAUUGUCGUAUGCCCCUGGUCCCCUUGAUAAUGAAAUGCAGCAGCAUGUUCGGGAAACACUGGGUGAUGCGGAGCAGAAAAAGCUGUACACGGAUAUGGCAUAUGAGGUAACAAAGUGA